UGAACUGGUGAUUAUCAUCCGGAUCUACUGUUGAAGAAACGAUCUCAGAGGGAUUCCAUGAGUUUCCAGGGUCACAUUGCUGGACACCGCGUGAGCAACGGAGCCGAGGCCGCACCAGCCCUAGUCUUCAACCGCAGGUGUUCGGACUCAGGGUCUCCGCCAACCCCUCCCAAACUCGGACCCUGUGCUCUGGGAACCCCCUUGAGGAAACCAGGAUGGUGCCGGAACCAGCUUCAAAUGAGGCCACUCUAGGAAAUUAGGAAUUUCACAUAUCGUUAGCACUCAGCCGACGUUUAUUGGCCUAAAAACGAAAGAACCGGAAGAUGCCCUUAAAAAACGUGGAGACACUCUAGCUUCAUUACGGUUGGCUCAAUAUUUCAGGAAACCUGGCAUUGUAUUUGGCCACGGCCCGGCCCUCAAAAGAUGACGCCAUCCCUUCCACUAAGGUUCAACGAGGACCACGAUGUCUGCCCUCAAUUAUAAUGGCGGCGAUGCCCAAUUGGGCUUCUUGCCCCUAGGGGUGAUGGCCGCCCAACAGCUUCACUUAGUUUUUCACUACCCCGGAAGACGGAGACCGGCGAUUGGGCGGUGCCCGGAGGCUCCGAGAAGAAGGCUCUCGGCGGUUGGGCAGUGUUGGGCCGCAGCCUGGGAUUCCCCCAGGGACUCCCCCGGAGCCGCCGCUUACCCCAUGGACUUGCCCGGGGACUCCAGCCCGCCUGGCCAGCCCUGUCUGUGCCGCCAGCCCCUGGCUCGAGCGUUAUGGGGUGCCGGGAGCCCGAAACGGCCGAGGCUGCAGCCCCUGGGGGCCCCUUCUCCCUUGGAAAAGGCCUCUCGGCGAGUCCUGGCCGUGGUGCUGGAAGAUGUCAUGGCUGCCCACACGGUCCCUUUGAUGUCGCAAGAAGAGACCUCCAUCCCACGGCACCACAGCUACCAUCAGGAUUCUGUCCACAUCCAGCCACCUGCCUCACUACCCCGGCAGGCCGUGUGGUCUUCCCAGGCCAGGCCCCCAGACCCACUGCAUUUGUGCCGAGAGCCCUUGAGCCGCAUCCACCGGUCCUCUCCUACUCUGAGGAGGCGAUCAAAGACAAACCCUGGCCCAGAGGAGGGCCCUUCACAAAAGGUGGACCGGGUCCCCCAGCCCACCCUGGUGGUGAUGCUGGAAGACAUUGCCAGUCCCAAACCCCCAGCUGAGGUAUGGGAACAUAGGGGCUUCGUCAGUGAGACCCCCAAUUUCAUCGUCCCAGCGCAAAGAACUGAGCCUGUGACGAUGGUUCACCAGCCAACACCUCCACCCAGGGACCUAGAAGCCCCAUGCCAGCCAUCCGUCCUGCCUGCAGACCCUCUGGAGGGCCCACCACCAGCCCCAGAUCCUGCUCUGGAGCCCCCAUCCACUCCACCACCGUCCAGCCUUUUACGUCCCCGCCUCAGUCCCUGGGGCUUGGCCCCCCUCUUCCGUUCCGUCCGCUCCAAGCUGGAGAGCUUUGCUGACAUCUUCCUCACACCCAAUAAAGCCCCACAGCCCCAGCCCCCGUCACCCCCCAUGAAGCUGGAGUUGAAGAUCGCCAUCUCAGAGGCUGAGCAGUCUGGGGCUGCUGAGGGCACUGCAUCUGUCAGCCCCCGGCCCCCUAUCCGCCAGUGGCGGGCUCAGGACCACAAUACCCCAGCACUCCCUAAGCCCUCUCUGGGCCGAAGCCACUCCUGCCCUGAUCUGGGGCCCCCUGGCCCAGGCACCUGCACCUGGCCACCUGCUCCGCCCCAACCAAUACGGCCACGGCCACGGCGGCACACUGUGGGUGGUGGGGAAAUGUCUCGAGCCCCACCACCCCCUCGGCCCUGUCUCCGGAAAGAGGUCUUCCCUCUCGGAGGAGUGGGAGCCUCCCCUUCUCUCGCCACAUCUUGCUUGCCCACGGCAUCCACUUCCUCCUUCUCCGAACCAGCCGAACCCAGGUUGGGCUCAACCAAGGUGAAGGAGCCAACCGAGGAGAAGGACCAGGUGCUUUCAGACUCUGAGACCAAGACCAUUGGAAAGGUCUCUCGAUUCAGAAUACGCAGGACACCAGCCCGUCCUCAGCUAAACCUUACACCAAUGGGGCUGCCCCGACCAAUCAGGCUGAACAAGAAGGAGUUCAGCUUGGAAGAAAUUUAUACCAACAAGAAUUACCAAUCACCCACAACCAGGAGGACCUUUGAGACCAUCUUUGAGGAACCCCGGGAACGAAAUGGGACUCUAAUUUUCACCAGCUCAAGGAAGCUCCGGCGGGCUGUAGAAUUUCGGGACAGCAGCCACCCUCGAUCUCGGCGGCCAUCUCGCACAGUACGGGCUGCAGCUGGCAGGACUGUGACUCCUAAGCUUGCCCCUAGCCCAGAUGUGGGACCCCUGCUGCAGCAACGGCUGGAGGAGCUAGAUGCAUUGCUCCUGGAGGAGGAAAAAGUGGAUGGGGAGCAACCUCAUCGGACUUAGGAGCUCCAUCUAUUUGUCUAUCCAUCCAUCCUCAAGGGAGGUGAAACCUCUGAGGCAGUUAUAUUUUUUUUUUCUCUAUAUUUCUAGUAAAGUUUUCAAUAUGUUUCUGA